AUGGACGCAAAAGUAUACAAGAUUGUUAAGGAGGAAGGAAAUGUUGAAGAGCGGAUGCGUAAGAUACUGAGUUUGAAAGACAGCCUGGGAUGCAGAGAAGCAGUAGCGUAUCUAUUGAAAGAAAGCAUGAGCUUGAUCACGAUAAGCCCAGAGAUUCAUUUAAAUGUGUUGAGUAGAAUUCCAACUGAUGUUGUUGGUAAUUUUAUGCCUGGACUACUGUCAUUUUACUUCACUGUGUUGAAAGAUGUGAAGACACGUGCAGAAGUAAGGAGAUAUAUGAUACAAUCAAUGGAGCAUGUGAUGGAAAGUGUGGAUGUGUUUGAUGCAGAAUCUGAGAGGAGAAUCUAUGAAUUUUUGUAUUUCAAUAGGAAUCAAGAAUAUAAGAAUGCAUACUAUGUGUGCUACAAAAAGCUGAAGAAUGAAGGAAGAGCGUUUUUUGCAUCUGAGCUUCUGCUUUUGGGGCAUCAGCUUGAGGAAGAUGACUAUGAUAUAAUAAACAGUAAAGCUGUUGAGGUGUUCAGUCCGAGGCUUGUUAGCCGGCUUCUGGAAAUAGGCAGAUAUGUACAUUCUGAUGAGGUGUUUGAUAUGCUUGUGAAGAUGUAUGAAAGAGGCGAAGAAGUGCACAGAAUUAUUUAUGAGAUCCAAAGAAUGUAUGGAAUACGCAGGGUUUUAGAAUUGUGUGUAGUGAAUGAGGAGAAUACACUGGCUGUUCUGCACACAAACAGUAUUGAGAAGAUUGAAAGAUAUCUAGCUGAGACUGACUGGAUUCCAAUGCAUGUUGAGGUGGUUGGGAAGUAUCUGGAGAUAUGCGAGAGUACAGAGGAUGUGGUUGACAGCAUGCUUUUCAGAAGGAUGGGAGUACAAAGGAUGGUCUCUGAGCAUUAUGACGAGCUUAUUGAAUAUGGAACCAGGAUAUUGGCAACAAAUGCCCAGGUUCUAAUCAACCUAAUUGGAAUAGAAUUACGGCCAAGAAUAAGUGACGCUGUUAUUGAAGUAGUAGAACUUUUAAGUGAGACAGGCAGUUUAUGUAUACUGAGUCAACAGCUAUAUUUUGUGAAAGAGGUUGUUGAGAAGCGUUGCAUGCGCAGAUCGACUCUCCGGAGGAUAUUUGACGGAUUGGUGUAUCUUGACAAUGCAGACUACAGAGUCAGAUGCAUGAAGUAUGAAAUCAUUGCAGAGAUACUUGAUCAAUAUGCACUAAUGGAUAUGGCCAUUGAGAGAAGAUGCAGUGCACGUGAUGGAUUUGCUACAGAAGUAAAUGAAGCAGAUAAUACAAUGCAUAAAACCUGUGAUGUGAGUGCUCAUUUAAACAUAUAUGAUGUGCUUGCUGAUUCUAAAUGUGUUGACGAUGAUAAUGUGAAUGUACUUGUUGCUAUAUUAUGGAAUGAGAUUACAACAAUACCUGUUGAGGGUGAGAUCAAAGCCAUUUGCAUUCUUGUAGGAAAGAUAAUCGAUGUAAGCGGGAAGUUCAUUGAGUCAAGGAUUGUGAAGUCUGGAUUUAUUCAGUGCAUUAUGGAUCAGCAAAAGGUUUGUGGAUUUAACGAAACCAAAAGGAAUGCAGUGGAAGCGCUUAUUAGAUUACUUGAGAUAAUGAUGAGCUAUGAACUUACAAAGCCAAUGUUCUACAAAGUAUUUGUGUUUCUACUGGAAUAUUUCCAUGUACUUGAUGUCACACAUCUGCUCGAAGCGAUGAUUAGGAACGACAAGUAUUAUUGUCUUCUCAUAUACCAUCAGCUUUAUGUUAAUGCAUGUAAGGUACCUUCGAAACAGCUUAAGGUUUUCCUCAUAAAAAAUCUAAGAAAAAAGUAA